UGACGUUCAGCACAUCCGCCUGACCCGCUACUGUUUACAAAUCAGCACAGAGUCCGUUACAGCAGAAUGAGGAGUCUUGCGUGAUCUGAACAGAGUCAUCCUUUUCUUUGGAGUCUUGGCUGAGGAGAAUCACGAGGCUGUGACAGUCCGGCUGGGUCGCGGUCAUGCAGCACCCCAAUUUCGAAACCCGCCACCCACUCCAGACAGACGAGCAGCAGGAGACAGGCUUCGACCCGCUCAAUAAUUUCAACAAGAACCGUAGUAGAGGAUCACUUGACAGCAGCACUUACUCACAGUCCCAGUCAACCUUCCUCUCAUACAGGAAAGAAUGGGACGACUUGUUCCUCAACAGUAAUUACCUGGCCAGGAUCCGGCAGGCAGGCAUCAACGGGCGGCUGAGGAGCAGCCGCUUUCGGAGCGUAUGCUGGAAGUUGUACCUGGAGGCUCUGCCAGAAGAUAAGGGCCAGUGGAUCAACAAGACCAAGGAGCUGCGAGGCCAGUAUGAGAAGAUCAAAGAGACGCACAUUACAAACCCUCGCAAGGCUGCUGGCCAGCAGGACCUGGUGGUCAACAACCCGCUGUCCCAGGAUGAAGGGAGCCUGUGGAACAAGUUCUUCCAGGAUAAAGAGCUGAAGGGGAUGAUCAAACAGGAUGUGAUGAGAACGUUCCCUGAGAUUCGUUAUUUCCAGGACGACGAUGUGAGGACCAAGCUGACGGACAUUCUCUUCUGUUACGCCAGAGAGAACGAACAGUUACUGUAUAAACAGGGGAUGCACGAGCUGCUGGCUCCCAUAGUGUUUGUGCUGCACUGUGACCAUCAAGCCUUCCAGCACGCCAGUGAGACGGCCAGCCCCAGUGAGGAGAUGAAGUGUUUGUUGAACCCAGCGUACCUUGAGCACGAUGCCUAUGCCUUGUUCUCGCAGCUGAUGGAGACAGCAGAGCCGUGGUUCUCCAGCUUUGAGAGGGAAGUGAGGAAGGGUAAGGAAGAGAUGCUGACCAGCAUCCCGUUCGCACGGCCCCAGGACUCUGGGCCAUCUGUUGCCAUAGUCACCAAAGUCAACCGCAUCCAGGACCAGCUGGUGAAGAAGCAUGACAUUGAACUGCACAUGCACCUCAACCGGCUGGAGAUCGCCCCUCAAAUCUACGGCAUCCGGUGGGUACGUCUGCUGUUCGGCCGCGAGUUCCCGCUCCAGGACCUGCUGGUGGUGUGGGACGCCCUGUUUGCUGACAGCAUCACUCUGGACCUGGUGGACUACGUCUUUGUUGCCAUGCUGCUCUACAUCCGAGAUGCUCUCAUCGCCAGUAACUUUCAGACCUGCCUGGGCCUGUUAAUGCACUACCCUCCAUUAGGAGACAUCAACUCCCUGCUGCAAAAGGCUCUUUUCCUCCGAGAUCCCAAAAACUAUCCACGUCCCGUAAACUACCAGUUUCAGCAGAAUCUGGAUUACUACAAAACAAGGGGAGCCGACCUGAUGAACAAGUCACGUUCUGGUUCUACAAAAACAGCCCCCCUCAACAUCAACAAGGUCUCCAGCAGCCUGCUGAGCUUCGGCAGGAAGCUCAUUGCGCCGGCAAUAUCGAGUGGGUCCGGUGGUAUCUCACCAAUCAACAGCGAGGUACACUCCUCGUCCUCCUCGUCCUCCUCAACCUCCCCUGCAUCGGCGCCAGCGCCCACCCUGCCUCACCCUCUAGCCGAGCCCCCGCCAGGCCCCGCCCCACUCCAGACCCAGAGCCACGCCCAGACUCAGCACUACCGCCUGCUCAAGUCCGAGAGCAUGCCUGUCCACCUCAGCAAAGAUGUAGUUUCAGGUGGAGUGUCUCAGGUCGCUCUCCCAGCCCAGACUCACACUGACACACAAGGCCAAAGCUCCAGGACGGUCAGCUCCUCUCCCAGCAUAGAAAGCCUCUCCGGUGGACGAGCUCAAUCCACCGCCUCCCCGCCUCUUCCCCCCUCCCGAGGGAGCGAUGUCAGCACUUCAUCUCCGCCUCUCUCCGCCACCAAGAAGGAGUCUUUCUUCAACAUCACUCGCUCUCGCUCCCACAGCAAGACCAUGGGCAAGAAAGAGUCGGACGAGGACCUGGAGGCCCAGGUGUCAUUCCUUCAGGGCCAGAUCAAUGACCUUGAGGCUAUGAGCAAAUACUGUGCCAAGAUGAUGAACACUCACAUCUGUAAAAUCCAGGAAGUGAUUCUCCAAGAAAACCUGGAGAAAGAGGAUGAGGUCCUGGUGUCACUAGCUGGACUAAAACAAAUCAAAGACAUCCUCAAGGGGGCGCUGCGUUUCAACCAAAGCCAGCUGGAGGCCGAGGAGAAUGAGGAGAUCUCCAUCGCUGAUGAUCACUAUACCUCCACAGCGGUUGCUGAAACUGCUCUGAGCGCCAACAGUCACCAAGGUGACCACCAACAAGAAGGAAGCAGCAGGCAGAUCCGAGACUCCGAUAUGGACGGGAGUGUCAGCACUGAUGAGAAGGAGGAAGAGGAGGAGCAGGCGAUGACCCCACCUGAGCAACAGGUGGCUCAUACAACGCCACUUCCAAAGAUCCAAACUAUCCCAUCAGGCAGGGUGGCGUCUUCACUCGGCUCUGAGGGCAAGAACUGGGAUGACUACAUCCUUGUGUGCCAGGACGGAGACCUGUCGGCCGCUGGAGGAGGAGGAGGAGGAAGAGCCGCAGCCGAGCGCACCCCACCGAUCAGGCGAGGGCGCGGCUUGGUGCGAAUGGAGCCUGAGGGCGCGGCAGGAACCUUCAGCGACCCCCUGAUGGCCGGCAUCACCUCGGGCUCCUCCAGUCCAGACGAGGGCUCCACCCACAGCAAGGACUCUGACUUCACCAUCGUCAACCCGAAUGACCUGUGAACGAGCAAAUCGCCCCUCCUUCUCCUCCUCUUAUACCUUUAUCGCAUCCCAUACCGAGGAUGUGAUAAAAAAUAAACUGACUUAGGAUCAGAGGGUGGAAUCUGCAGUUUUUGGUGGCGCACUGCUGGAGCUGCUGUCAGCUAAAAAAAAAUUGCACAUGUGGACUGUGACACUUCCAGUCACAAAUACCUUAUACUCUGUCUCUUUACCUGUCAUCUGUGCCACCUCAGUCCUGUCUAAGCUGAUGCUGUAGGCGAUCUCAUUUACCCUAAUGCCUGUCUCCUCAUUACGUUGUGUCCCCGUCACUCAUGAUAUUUAAUUGUAGCACUCUGCUCUACAGAGAGAGGGUGCCAUUGAACUGCUUACCCUGUCACUACAUGAUUACUCUGAAGAGUUGGACCUCAAACUGCUAUUUCUUUCUAGGGGAGGACUCCCUCCUCUUGGACUUACUGUAAUGAUCAGGAGUGUGAUACUCUGAUUCUUCUGAAUGUGGAGAUCUGGCCAUACCUCUGCUUGUGUUGUGUCUGUAUGUCUAUGUCCUUACAGAGGAAGCUCUCUUCUCCGAUACUCAACGGAAAGACGCAUGACGUCCUCCUGCCAGUUACGGAGGGCAGCUUUCUCACCCUCAUAAACCAGUGCCUCUGACCAUUAUUCUUCUCUCAACCAAACAAAACCUGACUCUGUGAUCUUUACUCUUUGUUAGCAUUCUUGUUUUUGUUUUUAAGAAAAUAUUUUUAACCCUUAGUUUAGUUUACUGGAUGAAAAUUAUUAAAUUAUGGAGUAAUUUUGUUCCCCCUUUUGUUUUGUUUUUAAUUGAUUCCAAUGUGGACAUUUUAAUGUGAUUAUUUUCAUUUCUCACAUUACAACUGAGUUCUUGUGUCCUGUGGAAAUCAUGUAUAGCAGCGCACACAAAGAAUGUCCCUCUAGCUGCCCAUUCAGCAUAAUUAACUCAAGACCAAUAAAACUACAUCGCUCUUGCUACACACUGAAGUUAUUG